CUACAGCUGACUUUCAAUCUCCUUAGUUCACAUGUUAGAUUCCCCUCAGUUUAAAACUAGAAAAUUUCUGGUGUUACAACUUCUACGUGGCUUAAUUGGGUAAAGCUUCCGAUUAUAGAUAGUCAAUGUCAGAAGGGCGAUCUGUUGGUGCUGUUAGUCAGAAAACGAAGUGUUGGAAUGUCUCCUCAUGGAUAAGAAAUAAAAUUAAAGAUGAAGGUGUCCAAGCACGAAAUAUAAUUAAGUAUAGUGUGCCGAUCGAUAAUCUUUGUUCGCCUAGACGUUAUGUUGCAAAAAGUGAUUACACUCGAUCUUCUUCCAAACUUGAACAAGAAAUACCAAAUACAAACAAGCAUCGAAUCAAAAUUACCAAUAGUGGUGGCGAUAAUACCAUUAGAAAUUGUCAAUAUUCUGAAGUUAGUAGUUGUAACAGCUCACAUGAAAGCAAUCAUAUUUUGAGUACAAACAAUUUUUGCAAACGUCAAACUGCUUCCAAUACACGUUCUGGUAGUUUAACAUUGACAAAUUCACGUACUCUUUGUUCUCAAUCACAUCGUCGUUUUGGUUCAGCGUCAACAGUUUCAUAUAGAAAAGUGAAUCGUGGUAGACCUCUUACUGAAAGUGAGUAUAAAGCACGUUAUUGGGGUCAAAUGUUGGAUACUUUAAGACGAACUAUCGAUGAAAUAUAUUCAGCAUGUGAAACAGAUGAAAAUGAAGUAGAAUGUAAGGAAGUUAUUAUGAUAUUGGAACAUAGUAAACAAGAUUUCUUUUCACUGAUAGAAAAAAUGAACUUAUUACGUGAUUAUGAACAAGCUGAUGAACAUAAUAAACCAAAUUCACUUGCAUGGGAUGAACGAACUAUUCUGCCAGGAAAACCAAUUAUGCGUCAAGUAUUAGCUUCCACCGGUGUUGUUCAAUCUAUACAACAACAAUCAUGUUUUUCCACUCCAUUAAGUAUUAAAUCUGAUAGUAGUAUUAUGGAAGUGAUUGAUAGUGAUGCUGAUUUAAGUUGUACCAGAUCAUCUGAUCAUCGGAAUCAUUCAGUGAAUAAAUUGAAAUCAAAUAAACUAAUCACUGCAGAUACAAAUAAUCCUGAUGAUGAACCAUGUACUACCGGUCCAUCCACGAAUAAUAAUUCACGGAUGAUAUCGAAUUUAUGUCAUCAUAACAAUGAACCACCAUCUGAUGUGAAUGAUGACGAUGAAGUUGAAAUUGAUGACGAUGAUGAUGAUGAUGCUGAUGAUGAUGAUGGUGAUAAUGAGAGUGAAGAACACCGUCAUCAUCGUCAUCAUAGUCAUCCGGGAAGACGACAGAUGUCUAAUUUUACUUAUUUAGUUGAUGAUGAUGCAGACUAUGUCGACCAAGAAGAGGAAGAAGAAGAGGGUGAUGAGGACGUCGGAGACGAGGACGACGAAGAGGAGGAAGAGGAUACUACAUUAUCAUAUGAUUUGGAAAAAUUAGAUAAAGCUAUUGCCAAUGUGACCACCGCUGAACGUGUAUUAACACAUCAAUUAGAUAAAGCACAAAUUGCUGAAGCUUCAUUACGUCGACGUCUAAUUAAAGAGGAGAAAGCCGCCUUUGUACGUUCCACCAAUGGUCGUUGUUACAAUCAAUUAUGGUAUAAAUCUCAAUUCAAGAACCAUUCAAUGAAUGCCAAUCAUCAAGAUUCUGAAGAGGUUGAUGCUUUCGGCAAUAAUAUUGCAACAACAAUGCCCAAUGCUACCGCGACCACAACGACUACGACUGCGACGGCCACGACGACGACAACAACAACGACAACUACUACUACUACAACGACAACGACGGAUGAAGUGGAGUUCGACACAGAUAUUGAUCUACUUGAUAUGGACAGUAUCAUUUUAGACGAUAUGGAUGGUUGUGACAAGUUGAUGUUGAAUAAAAGAUCAAUGACUAAAUGCAAUAAUGCCAAACAAUCAAUGAAUUUAAUUCCAUCCUAUUCGACUACUUCUACUUCUGCUUCCAUGAAACAACGCUUAAAGCAAAUUGAUUCAAAUCGAAUGGAAUUGCAUAGAAAAUUGGGCAGAAUGAAUCAUUCCAGUAUGAAACAUUGUCAUUGUUGUAAUUGUCAUUGUCAUAAGUUCACAUGUUGUGCGAUCAAUGCUGCUCAUCCAUCCACUGAUUAUGAACAAACUGAAGGCAAUCAUUUGAACAAUGUUUAUCAAAUGAAUCCUUCUUCCAAAGAGAAACAUGUCAAUGCAUAUUGUAAUCAAACACAAUCAGAACAACCAACUUCUGAAUUGGAUACAUUUAAACAAUACAAUGACUAUAAUCAUUCAUCAUCAGAAAUACAAUGUCAUGAAAAUACUUCUGAUGUAGCUGUUCAAGUCAAUCCAAUCCAACCAGAUCUACUGAUGCCAAACAAUACUACUGUUGUAUUGGAUAAAAAAUCUCCAAAAUCUUUCAAUACCAAUGAAACAGCAUCUUCAGUAAAUUUAUCAAUUGUUACUCAAGAUGUUGAGAAUUGUUCACAAGAAUUAUCAUUUAUUCCAAAAACUGAGAUCAAAUCACGUAUACCCGGUCAUGGUGUACAUAUGCAUGAAAAACUUUCAGCUCGUUCGAAAAAACGGUCAGCUAAUUCUAUUCAAGAAAUUGAAGAGAAACAAGCUCGUGCAAGAGUUUUACGUCAACAGCAUCUUUUAGAACGUACAGAACGUGUACAUGAAUUAAGCAAAAAGGUCGAUGAAGUUCAUUUACAAAAACGUAUACUAUUGCAUCAACGUCGUUCAUGCUUAGAACGACGUUUACAUGCAGCUGAACGUAAACGUCAAGCUGAAUUAACACGUCGAGUUCUUAAAGCUCAUGAUGAAGAGACUAAAGGAAAAGAAAUUGCAUUUAUACAGACAUUGGAAGCCGAACAAAAACAACAUAGUAUUUUAACAAAACAUGAAGAAAGUCGUGCACGAUUAAAUGAAUUGGCAAUUGAACGUCAACGACGUACUGAAGAGAAAUUAUGCCGAGAAGAAGCGGCGAAAAUUCGUCGAAGUGCUUUAGAAGCAUCACGUUUAGCUAGACUGGAUGCAUUACAAGCUCGAUGGAAAAUUCGUGCACAACAAUUAGCAUCACGUGCUAAGUUAUUGGAACAUUCACGUACCGCUGCAGCUCGAGCGAAAAAACAAUCACGUGAAAUAAAAAUGGCCACUUUAGAAGAACAACAACGUACUCAUAUUGAACAAUUACGCCAUAAAAUACAACGUAAACAAGAAGAAUCGGAACGACGUCAUCAAGAAUCACUUAGAGAAAUAAGUCGUAAAGCAUUUGAAAUGUCCAUAUUAACGCAUACUGGUGACGAUUCACUAACUGUUCCUGGCAUUGAACCGUAUCCAGUAAAAAAAUGGUGUAAAGCAUGUCAAGUGAUGAUUGUCUCUGAAGUUCAAUUAAAAAGUCAUUUACAUGGAAAACGUCAUCAAAAUGCAAUUAUGGAAGCUGCACAACAUCGUCCUGUUGGUAGAUCUGAAUUAGAAGCAUUCAAUUUAUCACAUAUUGUUGAUGCACCAAAUGAAUUGCCUCAUUCACAAUAUGAUACACAACAAGAACGUUUAAAAUUACGCAGAAAACGAGCAAGAAAAUUACGACAACGAAUGAAUCAAAAAGGUUUACAAUUUUUAAAAGAAAUUGAAAGCAACAAAACUCGAAUUCCUGAUUCACCAAAUAAAGCACAUCUAAUGAAACUCAUCCGAGAUGUACAACGCUUAUUAAAUCUACAAGAUUCCGGUCCAUGGAUUAUUACACGAAUUCAAGCAAUGGAGAAAAGUUUAAAUGCCAUACUACGAUGUCUUUCUAGCAAUCAAUUAAAAAUAAGUUUAUUGAUCGAUUAA